AUGGCGACUGAAUUUUCUCCUAGAGAUACUACCGGAUCAAACCAUGACUUACCUUCUCCAUCAGAAUUUCUAUAUUCCAGUCGCCGUUGUUGUUUCUGCAUACCCUACCAGUGGCAGAAAGUACGUUCGUCGUCUUCGGAGUACAAUUCCGAAAGAAGUCUAUGGUCACGAGGGAUCGACGCCUUGAUGAAGAUUCGGGAGUGGUCAGAGAUCGUUGCAGGUCCAAGAUGGAAGACAUUCAUACGCCGGUUUAAUCGUAACAAAAGUUUUGGUCGACAAUCGCCCAAGUUUCAGUACGAUCCUCUAGAUUAUGCGCUUAAUUUCGACGAAGGAGCGUUGGAUAACGGAGAUUCUGAAAUGGAGAACGAUUAUAUGGUCCGCAACUUCUCCUCAAGGUACGCAUCACGGCCGACGGUUCCAAUAACUUCUAAACCAUCGACUGAUCUCGUACGUGUGGAUGGGGCCUGUUUGUGA